CCUCCGCCCUGCGGGACUGUGACGCUCUGGGGCCGGCUGCUCGGGGUCCGCAGGGGGGUCACAGAGGCGCGUGUCUGGAGCUUGGAACGGAAACGCUGCACAGCUGUCCAGGCGCGAGCCUGAGCCGAGCCGCCGAGGCGAACUGCACCCACAGGCUCGAGAUGCUCACGGCUCUCCGGACCAUCACGACGAUACAGAGCGGGGCCCGAAUCAGCGAUGCCUUUCAGACGGAGAGCCAGGAUGGUGCGGUGGAUGGUGUGUACGCGCUGGGGGCCCCUGUGGUUGUGGAAGGCCCUGGUCGUGUGCGUGACCUUUGCCUUCGCUGGACAGCUCCUGGGGGUCAUCUUCAACAAGAGUGUCCCCUCAGCGGGUCUCUCCAUUCUCUCGGCCCCUGACCAGGGCCCGUCCCUGGGCUCCUGUCAGCCCCACACUCACAUCAUGUUCCUGAAGACCCAUAAGACGGCCAGCAGCACCGUGCUCAACAUGCUCUACCGCUUUGGGGAGGAGCGGGGACUGCGCUUCGCCCUGCCACUGGGCUACCAGCUGGGCUACCCACUGCCCUUCAACGCUCACCGGGUCAAAGGUUACAAGGGCCCCGGGGCCAGUGACUUCCACAUCAUGGGCAACCACAUGCGCUUCAACAGAGCAGAGGUGGAGAAAGUGAUGCCUUCUGACACCUUCUACUUCUCCAUCGUCCGCGACCCGGUGGCGCUGGCCGAGUCCUCUUUCGCUUACUACAAAGAGGUGGCCCCCGCCUUCCGCAAAGCCAAGACUCUGGGGGAAUUUGCCGACAACCCGCGAAAAUUCUACGACCCGAGGCUCCGCAACAACCACUAUGCUCGCAACCUCCUCUGGUUCGACUUCGGCAUGGACCACAAUGCCAACUUCUCCGUCCCCUUGGCGCGUUACGCUGAGAAAGUCAUCAAGCAGGUCUUCAAGCUCAUCCUGGUCUCCGAGUACUUCGACCAGUCCAUGAUCUUACUUCGGCACGCCCUCUGCUGGCCACUGGACGCCGUAGUUUCAUUUAGCUUGAACGCAAGGCAGCAGAAGCCCGAUCAGAGCAGCGGCAGCAGCUGGGUGGCGAAAGCAGCCACGACGCAGGCUAAAACACCUUCGAAUUUUGCUCUCACAGAUGAACAACGCGAGAAGCUCAGGGAUUGGAACGCUCUGGACUGGGCUCUGUACCAGGCCUUCAAUAGAACAUUCUGGGAGAAGAUUCAGGAGUUCGGUACGACACGAAUGGACCACGAGGUGGCGCUGCUAAGGAUGCGGCGCGAAGAGCUGGCGAGGUUGUGUCUGAGAGACGGUGGGAAGCCGGUGGAGGGGCAACGGAUUCGGGAUAAGACGAUUCGCCCGUUUCAGAGCGGCGUCGUGAAAAUCUUGGGUUACGAGUUGCAACCGCACUUGGACAACGCCACCCGGACCGCAUGUCUCCGGAUGAUACGCCCGGAGAUCCAGUAUAAAGACCUACUGGACGUCAAGCAGUUUCCGAGGGUGACGGCACCAGCGCAACCGGCCCCGCCAGACUCCAGGGCGAGGGCGGGGCAAGGGGAGGGGGGAGGGGUCAGGGACGGGGAUGGCAGCCAUUUGAAACAGGAGCCGGUGAAAUUGAGAUAA